AUGUCAAAUUCUUCUCCAUCAAAAUAUCAAGACAUAGAAAAUGAACAUCAAAAUUCAAUAGAUGAUCAAAAUAUACAUGGUCAAGAUAAUCAAGAAUUUUUAACAGAUGAUACUGAUAAUGAUAUUAAACAAUUUAAUAAAUAUUCAAAUCAUAACAAUAAUUUACAAGUAUCAUUUCAUAAAGAUAGUUCAACGGUUGACAUUAAUCCAUGCAAUAGUUCUUUACCAUUAUAUGAUAAUAAUCAAAAUGAACAAUCAUCUUAUGAGGAAGUAGCUGCAAAUGUUUCGAAUAAAGAUGAUCCAACUAUGUCGGUUUUAACAUUUCGUUCAUGGCUUCUUGGAUUAACAUUUACUUGUAUUCUUUCAUUUGUUAAUCAAUUUUUUUUCUAUAGAACAUCACCAUUAAUUAUUGGUGUUCUUGUUGCUCAAUUACUUUCACAUCUACUUGGUAAACUUAUGGCAAAAAUAUUACCUCAUAGAAAAUUUAGAAUUUUUCGAUGGAAUUUUUCUUUUAAUCCAGGUCCAUUUACUGUUAAAGAACACUGUAUUAUUACAACAAUGGCUGCUACUGCAGCUGGUACAGCUUAUGCGAUUGAUGUAGUUACUAUUCAACGAUUAUUUUAUAAACGAACAAUACAUCCUGGUAUUGGUAUUAUUUUUGUUAUAACAUCACAAAUUCUAGGAUAUGGAAUGGCUGGUAUAAUGAGAAGAUUUCUUGUUUGGCCAGCAGCUAUGAUCUGGCCAGCAAAUCUUGUUAAUUGUGCACUUUUUCGAACUUUACAUAAUGAUAAAGAUAAUGAAGAUGAUAAUGAAAGAUCACAUUGGAGAAUGUCUCGUUUAAAAUUUUUCUUCUUAGCAUUUCUUUUUCAAUUUUUAUGGUAUUGGUUUCCUGGUUAUAUAUUUCCAGUUUUAUCAGCUUUCUCUUGGAUUUGUAUGAUUAAACCUGAUAAUAUUCUUCUUUCGCAACUUACUGGUAUUUAUGGAUUAGGAAUUGGUUCAAUUGAAUUAGAUUGGAAUGCAUGGGUAGCAUUUCUUGGUUCACCUAUUGUUGUACCAUUUUGGGCUCAAGUUAAUAUUCUCAUUGGUUUUGUUGUCUUAGCAUGGAUAAUAGCACCGGCUGCAUAUUAUAGCAAUUUAUGGAAUUCGAAAACUUUACCAAUUGUUAGUGUUCGAGUGUUUAAUGAAAAUGGACAUUUUUAUAAUAUUUCUGCUGUACUCAAUUCAAAUCUUCGUUUAAAUGAAACUGCCUAUAAACAAUAUGGUGAACUUCGAAUGACACCAAUAUUUGCUUUUUCUUAUGGUAUAUCGUUUGCUGCAAUUACUGCAGUUAUUGUUCAUACCAUAUUAUAUCAAGGUAAGCAUCUAUUUAAAUAA